AUGAGAAGAUGUAUUAACGGUGCUGGUUUGAUCAAGACUAUUUUCACACUAAAUCUACAAUUUACCACUGAACUAAAAGAACUCAAAUUAACAACUGGAGGUAUUUGUUCAAAAGAAAAAUUUCAAGUUAUUUUAUCAUUUUGUAAUAUAAGUAAAUGGAUUAUUCAACUUACAGAAACAACCGAACGUACAGGUGAUUUUUGCGGUGACACCUACGUCGAUGACGAGCUCCUAAAGUUUCUUGAGAGUAAAGUAGAAGUAGAUGAAUGGCUAAUUGACCGUUAUUUUGAAACAGUGAAAUCGUUUUUGAUCCCCUUGGAGGCUUCAGUGAAUCAAAGUAAGUUCAAAAUAGAAUUAAAGAAAGGUUUGGAAAUUCUUUGGAAAUGGCAAACCAGCCGCUCAGUUGUAAGUGGUCCAUGUGAAUAUGGACUUGAUAUGAAAACUGAGACCGGUGAUCCACCAUCUCGUAAAACGUCAGAGGGUCGCAUCUAUAAGUUUUGUUUAAUGGCAAGAAAGGAAUAG